AAUGUUACUAGAAAUGUGUGAUUAAGGAUAAUUUGGACUUUCCUUCCCAACAAAUAUAUCUGCUUAGACCGCUUCUCUUCAGUUCAUCUUUCUCAAUACGAUGGCGGCCACAACUUGCUGUGAUGAUAUAACGAUAUUUCUUUCACUAAUAUUACUUCUUCUGCCUUCGACGCUCGCGAUCUCUUCUGGGGAUAUUGAGGGGUAUAGCAUCAAUGGUAAAGUAAAACUUCCAGGAUUUAGCAUAUCAGGAUAUGGUCAUCCAGAAAAAGUAUCAAAUGUCAAAGUCAUACUUAAUGGUGGCCAGAGAGUUACCUUUUUAAGGCCUGAUGGAUAUUUUUCUUUCCAUAAUGUGCCAGCAGGGACUCAUCUUAUUGAAGUAGCUGCAAUUGGCUAUUUCUUUUCUCCGGUACGCAUAGAUGUCAGUGCUAGAAACCCUGGUAAAGUUCAGGCAGCUUUGACAGAGAACAGGAGAGUAUUGAGUGAGCUUGUUUUGGAGCCUUUGAGGGAGGAACAGUAUUACGAGAUAAGAGAACCAUUCUCCGUAAUGUCUAUCGUGAAGAGCCCAAUGGGUCUGAUGGUCGGAUUUAUGGCUAUUGUGGUGUUUUUAAUGCCCAAACUAGUUGAUGCUGAAGAAAUGAAACGAGCUCAAGAGGAAAUGAGAAACCAAGGUGUUGCUGUUCCCUCUCUCACAAACUUUUUGGCUGGAGCAACACAGAGGCCUAGUUAGAAAUUAGAUAUCGGUUUGUACCCAGAACUCGGAAAAUACAUUUUGUCCUGGAACUGUUUAACAGGGCCCUUUUACUAAAACUCUUAAGCAUAGGUUCUUAUUUUGAUUAUCAAUGAGCUCUCUUCAACUCAUACUAUCUGUUGUAUUGUUGAAUUCCUCCUGGUGGUGGAAGUGCGAUUUCAAUUCCAUUAGGAUGGAUAAUAUUUGAAUUUCAUUUUCAGUAAAAUCUCAAUUAACUGCC